AUGAAUAUUCUACACCCUCUUCUCAACUGCCUUGGACAACCAACGUGGAUUCGCAAUAGCAAUCAGAGUACGGACACUGGAUCGUAUCUGCCUAAUCUUGGCAUUCUCAUGCGUCAAACUUGCACAUUCCGAGGUGAAGAGAAAGGACCGUUGUUUAGCGGGAAGCAUCCUCGGGUUGAACUGAUCGAGAAGACUAGAUGGGUCUAUGACCCUGCUCCCUAUGUACUUGGUUAUUAUGCUGUGGGUGCAAACGUGACUAUCGUAGCUAUUCACCCCUGUGCAGACAAACAAGGGGUAGUUGUAACCGACAUCGUAUCUGAAGAUCUAUCAAGACGAAAGGGACGUAUCAGAAAUAUCGUAAGGAUGAUCAGACUCGCCAAAGUCCUCCGUGCGAUAGAUUGCACUGGUGUUGGGAGAGACAUGGAUGUUGAUAUGUUUCCGCUGAUUCGGGAAAACGGGCAAUUAAUUGAGUUUUCGACGAAAAAGAUACGCAAGCACUAUCCAUCAGCAAAUCAAGCUCGCAUCUCCUUUCUCAAAACUAUCUAUGGCCACCUCGAAACGAAACGCGUUCCGAAUGUCGAUCAUCUUACGAAAGUUAAGAUUUCCGAUGACCAUUGCUAUGUUGAACUAGAACCUCGAGGAACCGACUCUGCGGCAAGUUCUACCAAAGAUGUUAGAAAUGCGGUCUUCAGCAUUCUCACAGCCCUCAAGGUUCUUCACGCCCCCGAGCCCCAGAUUUUUCAUCGGGAUAUUCGUUGGCCAAACGUCAUGGGGAGAAGAAAUAAUCCAGAUUAG